AAAUCAUGAAAAGUGAUCGGCGUUCUUCACUCCCGCUUUCAUUGUUGUGGUUGCAACGUUCCUGCAGUCGGCGCUUAACAUUCCUGCAGUCGGCGCUUAACAUUCCUGCAGUCGGCGCUUAACAUUCCUGCAGUCGGCGCUUAACAUUCUUGCAGUCGGCGCUUAACAUUCUGCCAGAUGCACCUUUGAAAAGAAUCAGGAUUGAAAUGCGGUCGUGUCCUCGUACGCUGGGACUUUACAAAGAUGGAAUACUCAUGUGUGGCUGGAUACUGGUAUCGUCCAUGCUGAUCUAUCCCCGGCCGUUCGGAUUCAGCGUCUAAAACUUUAUUUAACCCGCUCAUUCCAUCUGCCAAAGCUUAUAUCAAGGAGAAGCGAUCCACAUGCAGGCUUUCAACCUUUCCACCUCCGUGUCUCCCACUGAUAACUUGUCAAUUAUGUCACUAUCAAUUGCCGAAGCGCAUUUCAUCGCUCUUGGUUGCGAAGUCUUCUUGCAUGGAAUGUACACCGCUCUCUGGCUGGUGUCGACGUACCUGUUGUUGUUCAAAAGAAAGAGAACUACAGUCAUCAUCGUGAUGACCGUGUUGAACACCAUAAUGUGGAUGGUAGCAGCCUCACAUAUGGCACUCAGCUUCGAACAAAAGUUUCACGCGUUUCUCUUUGGACAUGCUGCAGACCAUCCCACGGUUUCGGAAGACAAUGAUUUGCCGAUUAUAUAUUCUCGGAUGUUGCUGGAAAGUGUCAACAUAAUCAUCGGGGACGGAGUCGUCAUAUGGAGAGCCUGGGUAUUGUGGAGUCGGAAACGGUGGGUUAUCUUCACUUCCGGUACACUUUUUACGGGCACGCUUGCCGCCGCUGUGGGGAUACUACGAGCCUACACGAUGACUCCUCCUGAGAUCACCGCCUUCGACAUUCCCUCUCUGAGAGCUUGGGUCAUCGCGUUUAUCAGCUCGACGGUGACAACGAAUCUCUGGACGACGUCGCUCGUAGCGUACCGCGCAUGGUCUCAUAAUAAAUUUAUCCGCACCGUUACGGGCGAGACGCUCAUGACCAGAUUCCGAAGGCAGAAUGGCAUCCUCGCUAUCCUAAUCGAGUCUGGCGUCUUCUAUUCUUCUAUCGAGACGUUCCAGCAGACGACGCAUGGGCGGUAAGGGCGGGAACGUUCUGAAGUACGGCAUCGUAUCCGCCGGGUACUUUGAGGUUAGGUGCGCGGACGAAGACAGACUCCUCCGGUCCGGAUCAGCUCGAUUCUACUAGGAUCAGUGUUCGGGUUGACAAGCCUCAGCAUAUAUAUAUCGUAUAGUGCUUAGAACUAAUGAUAAAUUUGACAUGGUAUGCUCGUUGUGACAACAGUGAGCUUAAGUACUACUUGUCAAAC